AGCCAGAGCCAGCACGCCAGCCCCGAGCGCCCCGCGGACUGGCGGGCAGCUGUGGACGCCCGGCCGGCAGCCCACAGCAUGGAUUCGGAUUCCGGCGAGCAGAGCGAGGGCGAACCCGGGACAGCCGCAGUGAGACAAAAAUCUCUCUCAGAACUCCAAAAUUAACCUGUUGAGUUGGAGAUGAUUCACCCCCCACCAGUGACUUCACAAGUAUCUGCUUCAGUUCGCUCUGGUCCUGAUGUUUUUAGUUCAAAGAACUUUGCCCUUCAAGCCCAGAAGAAGAUUCUGAGCAAAAUAGCCAGCAAAACUGUGGCCAACAUGCUGAUUGAUGACACCAGCAGUGAGAUCUUUGAUGAGCUCUACAAAGUCACCAGAGAGCACACCCACAGCAAGAAGGAAGCCCACAAGAUCAUGAAAGACUUAAUCAAGGUGGCGAUCAAAAUUGGGAUCCUCUACCGGAACAACCAGUUCAGUCAAGAGGAGGUUGUUAUUGUGGAGAAGUUCAGGAAGAAGCUCAACCAGACCGCCAUGACCAUUGUCAGCUUCUAUGAGGUGGAGUACACCUUCGAUAGGAACGUGCUCUCCACACUCCUACAUGAGUGCAAGGAGCUGGUGCAUGAACUGGUACAGCGACACCUGACGCCAAGGACCCACGGGCGCAUCAACCACGUCUUCAACCACUUUGCCGAUGUGGAGUUCCUCUCCACCCUUUAUAGUCUGGAUGGAGACUGUAGGCCCAACCUCAAGAGGAUUUGUGAAGGAAUCAAUAAACUGCUAGAUGAGAAAGUCCUCUGAACAGCCUUCUUUCCUUCGGGGCUUGGCUGUACUCAAGUUACAGCACCCAGCGUGUUCCCGGUGAGAAUCAGGAAAAGAAGAAACCCUUAUUGAAGAUACCCAUGUUCUAUCCUGUUCACCCCUCUGAGGUUGAUGCUGGAUUGAGCGCAGGUGUGUUUAUCUCCUGAACUCUCAAUGAGGUCUGUACUUAAAAUCCCCCUUGUUUGCAAGUCUAAAGGAUACGCCAUCUAUUUUAAGCAGAAAAGCUGCCCUGCUCAUCAAGGUGAGCCCAGUUCCUCUUGUGGAGAGGAAGGAGCCCUGGACCAGGAGUCAGGGGACAUGGAUUUGGUUCCCAGCUCCACCAGUUACAACUCCAUCCUCUGGAUCCUGGAACCAUCUUGCCCGCCUGCCUACCUCCUCACAGGAGGACUGACUGAGAUUAUGUAUGUUCACACUUUUAAAACUCCAGUGUAAAUAUGACAGGCAUCAACCUGGAUCUAGACUAUUAAGCAGCAGAGAAAAGAACAAUAGUUUCUAAUGGGCUGGGUUUGCAAUCUGUCUCUAGAUGUGCUCUUUCAAACAAAAUAAAAAUGAAUCCAAAGGUGUGAAAAAGUA